AUGCGCAAACCAUUGACAAGAUGCAGCGCCCCGGAAUUUUCCUUUCUUUUCUUUUUGUUUAACGUACGCUUUACAAUGCGAUUUUCUCUUUUGUUCCUUGCCUCUCUCGGCCUCGCAGCCGCAGAAGAUGGCCUCGCCGCAUGGCUGCGAUACGCACCAGUCCCCAAUGCGAAAUCAUGCCACGACAAACUCCCCUCGGUGAUUAUCCCAUUGAACGCAACAGAGGGCCAGCCAGUGUAUACCGCGGCCCAAGAACUCACCGACGGAAUCAGCGGGAUGUACAGCAAAAAGCUAUCCACUACCACUGCCAAAGAACCAGGCAAAAAACCAGCUAUAAUCGUCGGCACUGUGAGCGCAUACUCCGACAGCGGCGGCAACACCGAUACAAUCCCAGACCUCAUUGAAGACGGGUACUAUCUCGACAUCUCCGGCAGCGACGGCGACGUCCUAAUCCUCGGCCAGAACGAGCGGGGCGCGUUAUACGGGACAUUCAAGUAUCUCGAGCGUCUAGCGCAGGGAAACAUCUCCGAUACUGUAUCUACAUCGAACCCGCACGCGCCAAUCCGGUGGGUAAACCAGUGGGAUAACCUGCAAGACGGCGGGACACACGGCAGCAUAGAGCGCGGAUACGGCGGAGACUCGAUAUUCUUCUGGGAGGGGAGAGUCCGGGAAGACAUCACCCGGGCAGGGCAGUAUGCGCGUCUGCUUGCGUCAAUCGGGAUCAAUGCUGUAGUUGUCAAUAAUGUCAAUGCGAAUGAGACGAUUCUCACGCCCGGGAAUUUGGAUGGCCUGGCUAGGAUUGCGGAUGUGUUUCGCCCGUAUGGGGUGCAGUUAGGGCUGUCGCUGAACUUUGCGUCGCCGCAGUCGCUGGGUGGGUUGGAUACCUUUGAUCCGCUUGAUGAGAAGGUGAUUUCCUGGUGGCAGGGUAUCACGGAUGAUAUUUACAAGCGCAUCCCUGAUAUGGCGGGAUAUCUUGUCAAAGCGAACUCCGAGGGCCAGCCUGGUCCGUUCACGUAUAACCGGACUCUAGCUGACGGGGCGAAUCUGUUUGCGCGUGCGCUGAAGCAGUAUGAUGGGGUUGCGAUGUUCCGAGCGUUCGUCUACGACCAUGAGAGCCUAGACGAGGAUCUAGACUGGAAGGCGGACCGGGCAAACGCCGCCGUGGAGUUCUUCAAAGGCCUCGACGACGAGUUCGAAGAUAACGUCGUCGUGCAGAUCAAGAACGGCCCGAUCGAUUUCCAAGUCCGCGAGCCUGUCUCGCCGCUGUUCUCGCAUUUGGUGAACACAGCAAGUGCCGUGGAACUGCAGGUGACGCAGGAGUAUCUCGGCCAGCAAUGCCAUCUGGUCUAUCUCGCGCCGAUGUGGAAGGAGGUUCUUGAUUUCGAUCUCCGGGUCGACGGUAAACACUCGCCGGUCAGCGAUAUCAUCAGCGGAAAACGCUUCAACAAUAAACUUGGGCUCGGUGGCUCCGCCGGCGUCGUUAAUGUCGGUCUUAAUACAACCUGGCUAGGGAGUCACCUUGCCAUGUCGAAUCUAUACGCCUACGGGAAUCUCGCGUGGGACCCGUCCUCGGAUUCCAUCGAGAUGCUGCAGCGGUGGAUCAGAAUGACAUUCAGCCACGACCAGGAUGUCGUAGACGCCAUAACCAAGAUGUCCAUGGAAUCCUGGCCCGCGUACGAGGAUUACUCCGGGAAUCUCGGCGUCCAGACGUUAACGGACAUCCUGCUCGGCCAUUUCGGACCGAAUCCUGCGUCCCAGGAUGGGAAUCCUUGGGGGCAGUGGACGCGCGCAGACGCUGAUAGUAUUGGCAUGGACAGGACGGUGUGGAAUGGCACUGGCAAUGCCGGACAGUAUCCAGAGGAGGUGUAUCAGAUGUACGAGGACAUCGAAACAACGCCUGACAACCUGCUUCUGUGGUUCCACCAUGUGCCCUAUACGCAGGUCCUUAAGAGCGGGAAAACAGUGAUCCAGCAUUUCUACGACGCACAUUAUCGCGGCAGCGAGACGGCCCAGGGCUUCGUUCCGCUGUGGGAGAGUCUCAAGGGGAAAAUCGAUCAAGAGCGCUAUGAGCAUGUCCUCUUCCGGCUGGUUUACCAGGCCGGCCACUCUCUUGUCUGGCGGGACUCGAUUAAUAAUUUCUACUUCAAUAAGUCGAGUAUCCCCGACGAGGCUGGGCGUGUAGGGAACCAUCCAUAUAGAAUUGAGGCGGAGGACAUGCAGCUGGAUGGGUACGAGACGUACCUCGUCAGUCCGUUUGAGGCAGCGAGUGGCUCGCACUGCAUUGUCACGAUCGAUAAUUCAACUGCUGGCACGGCGUCGACGAAGCUGGAUGUAGAGACGGGGACAUAUAACGUUGCGGUGAACUACUUUGACCAGGCCAUUGGAAACUCGACCUGGCGGCUGUCUUUGGAUGACGAGCUGGUUGGUGAAUGGAAGGGGGAUUUGGAAUAUGUUAUUGGCCGUGCACCGUCUCCGUAUAUCGAUGGACACACAGCAACGCGUGUUACAUUCAAGGACGUCCAUGUUGAGGCUGGGAGUGUGCUGCGUAUUGUUGGGACGCCGGACGGGGAGGAGUCUGCGGCGGUCGAUUAUGUCUCGAUUUUGCCUCUGGACGUUGUUGAUUAG